AUGGGGAGGCACUCCUGUUGCUACAAGCAGAAGCUGAGGAAGGGACUCUGGUCGCCGGAGGAGGACGACAAGCUCCUCCGGCACAUCACAAAGUACGGCCAUGGCUGCUGGAGCUCCGUCCCCAAGCUCGCAGGUCAGCUUCCCCAUUGCACCGCCGCCUGGUAAUUCCGCUGGCGGAGGAGAGAGCUCAUGAGGUCGUCCCUCUUCCUGCAGGUCUCCAGAGAUGCGGGAAGAGCUGCAGGCUGCGGUGGAUAAACUACCUGAGGCCUGAUCUCAAGAGAGGUGCAUUCUCCCAGCAGGAGGAGAACCGCAUCAUAGAGCUCCAUGCCGUCCUCGGCAACAGGUAUAAUUCUCCUCUUCCUCUCUCUCUCUCUCUCUCUCUCUCUCUCUCUCUCUCUCUCCCUCUCUCUCUCUCUCCCUCCCUCCUUCCUUCCCCCUCCCGCCGUUGGGCUCAACCAGAGUUUCCUGGUUUCGUGGGUUCGGCCAGGUGGUCUCAGAUUGCGGCACAGUUACCCGGGAGGACGGAUAACGAAAUCAAGAACCUGUGGAACUCCUGCAUCAAGAAGAAGCUGAAGCAGAGGGGCAUAGACCCCAAUACCCACAAGCCGCUGGCAGAGGCCAACGCCGGAGGGAAGGUCCCCGCCGACAGUGGCAACACGGCGUCCGGCGACUCCUGCAACGUCGCUGGCCGGACCACCUCGGCCUCGGGGAAUUCGAACCCCUCGGAGCGGGCGGCGCUCGUAGCGCCACCCGAGAGGCCACCGGCUGACACCGGCGGCGCCGCCAUGACCUCUGCGAGGAGCUCCGCCAAGAGCUUAUUUCUGGACGAAAACGUCCCCCCUUCUGGCUUCCGCCUGUCGGGCUCGGUGGGGUACUUCCCUCUGCAGCAAUUCAGCUACAUCUCCGAGUCCUGCGGCGGCGAGACAGCCGCCGGUGGGUUGUCGGUGGCUACCAACCCCCUCCUCUGGUUGACCCAGAAGAACACGAGGCCAUUCGACGUCACCCCACAGAUCAAUUUCAGCUCUGUCUCCAACGUCAUCCCCUCCUCCUUCUCCGAGGCGAUGAGCCUCAGGUCUUCCAUCAGUCUCCCUCCUGAUCACGCCCCACAGGGGUUCCUCGGCACCGCCGGACCCCACUUUUGGGACGGCGGCGCCUCCAGCAACAGCAGCGGAAGCAGCAGCUCCCUCUUCGAUGGCGGCAGCGGCGGCUUGUUCCGUCUGCCGGACCUGGCUCCCGACAGGGAGGUGAUGAUGCAAGUCGAACCAGAGCCGGAGGACCUCAAGUGGUCCGAUUUCCUCCAGGGGGGUCUGCCCAUGUCGGCGGCGGUCCAGGACCAGAACCACCACGACAUGUACAGUGACCUGAAGGUAGAGAGCCAGUUCGGAAUCGGCGGUCUCAGUUCUUGGCAUCAAAGUCAGCAGCAGCAGCAUCUCCUGCAGUCUUCGGAGGUUUAUGAUAAGGAUUUCCAGAGAAUAUCCACUGCUUUCGGACAUAUUUAG